AGCAGGCCGUAACCAAAUUCCAACACCCACAAACACAAUCCGAACAAAUGCACUGGAAAACAAGCGGAGAUGGAAGAACAUCAACGUCCGUGGCCUACCUGAUACUAUGGAGGUAGCUGAAUUCUCGCACUACUUCCGCAGACUACUCUCAAUGCUCUUCUCUGCCAAGCAGGCAAAGGCUAUGACCCUGGACG